AUGGCUGUGGUGUUUGAAGAUCAAGGCGUUAGUCUUCCGGGAAGACAGCAUUUUGCGAAUGGCCUCAUUUGCCUCUGGAUAAUGCCUCGGCAAGUCGACGAGACUCGGUACGUCUCUGUAAUUCCAAAUAACUAUCUGAAGCUAUCACCAGGUCCAACAGUAGAGACCAUGAUAUCGGUUACUGCCGAAGAUAAAGCUUUCCAGAAUAGGGUCGAGAACCCACAAAGGACCCCCACGAAAUGGGUCAACUUUCAAGAGCAGGAUUCAAACUUAGAGUCUAGAACUCAGAAGCGAAGGGCUCGGGAAUUGUCAGGCGGUGGCAGUGAAGGAGAAACCAACUACUACAGUACUAGUUAG